CUCCCAGCCGCUGUUGUGCUGCCAUGUCAUUGCCAAAAUGGAUCGAGACGACGGAGCCUCCUUCCUUUAAUCAUUUUGCCAUUCAUUCACGCAGUCCUUUGGUUGGAUCUCAGCUUUGUUUCCGCGCGGACUGACGCCUCUUAUUUGUCUCGAGCGGGUGGUGGAGAGCUUGUGCUCAAAUCACGGGUUCCAAGGUUUGUGACAAGUGAGGUAGCAGAGCCCAGAGUUCAACUUGAUCACCAAGUCAGCAGAACUGUUUGGAAAGACGCAGCGCUUGCUGCUGUUUCUGCCCUACAGAGUGGGUCCAAUGCCACCACCAUUUUGAUGCCAAGUGGUGCUGGUGAUGUGCAAGUUGGUUUGGAGACAGUGCGGAGCUUUGUCGACACCACCGACCUUCCACAUUUCCGUAUUGUUGUUGCAAUCCCUAGCUCCUUGGCUUCUGCAGCGCAAAAGUUGUACGCUGAGACUUUUGCAGAAGACUCCAUAACACUCAUGACUUUGGGAACAGGUGUGUCAAAACAUCAAAUAGCCAGUGCAUUAAAGCAGAACUCCUCCACAAUUCUGCUAUGCCCUUAUAGCAUGAUGUUGAAGUUCGGCCUCGCUUUCAUCGAGUCCAAGAUCAAGACACCAAUGGACUUGAUCAUCUUCGCUACUGCCCACAUCCUGCGCGCUGGAGGUUUCCAUAGUCUAGGUGCCAGAGAUGAUAUCCUUCCAGCGAAUCGAAGGGUUUUUAUUUCAGCUAGGCAUAUGUUUGGCAUGGCACCUGGAGCUCUUCUAGCUCCAGGACAGGAGCCAGGUUUUCCCGAAGAGGCUCCACAGAGCAAGUUUGGGCCCGAAGUCUAUCGACUGGCCCAUGAUGAUGCGGAGCGGAAGGAAAUGACGGUGCCGAUACGUUUGCAGAUUAUCGAGUCAACCAAGGUGUCUGAUGUAGCCAAAGAGCUGGUAGAUCUGCAUGUGAAGUUAGGAAUCAACUCCAUCUAUAUUGCGCCCGAGCAGCCGCGACUGGCAGCUGCGUUGUCUGAGCUGCUCUCGGAAUUGACAGAUGGACGCUGCAAAGUGACUACCGGUGCAAACAAUUCUGAGGCAUCAAUUGAUGCUCUCCUUGUCUCCGGAAGUCAGCCUAGCUAUGUUGAGCUGGCUCAGGAGUUUCCACGGCUGGCUAAGUGGCAGCCUGAGAAGUCCAAUGGCUUCAUCAUCGCGGCAGGUGCUGCUAAAAACCAUGCAGCUGCCGCCUGGAUGGCCUUCGCCAUUGAGGAUUCACGUGCCGAAGAGGCACUCCAAAGAACCUCCGUGGAAUUUGGACGUGUUGACAGGCGCCUGAAGUGGAAUGAACUGCCCUACGAGCUACGCAGCCUGGUAAAUCGAGGUGCCAGGAGGCAAGCUGAAAUCGCCAUUGCUCGCGGGGUGGAGGCUUUGGGAGAUCCGUGGGAUAUUUGGCUUGGCCGCCUGUUGGCAUACCAGGAUCGACAUAAAAAUGCAAAUGCAAGGUUUUUAGCGACCCAAUUCGGGCAUGAACUCGGAGCUUGGCUUCAGAGCCAGCGGCAGCAAUGGGAGCGAGGAACCUUGAAAGAGAGGAAGGUUGCACGCUUGAAAGGCCUUGGCGUCAUGCUAGACCCAGAUGUGGAGAUGUUUGCGAAAGGCUUAUCGGAGCUUCGGAUGUAUGUCUCCCAGCAGCGGAAACGUGUGGUGCCAUGGAACUAUGUUUCAGACUCCAGCUUCAGAUUAGGUGAGUGGGUAGUGGAACAGCGUACCUUGCAGCGACGAGGGAAACUCAGUCUGCAAAGGCAGCAGUUGCUGAGAGAAGCUUUCUUCUUGUGGCAACCUGCCGAAGCACCAUCCUCCAUGUUUGAGCAUCCGGAAGACCCUGAAGCAGCGGAUGUGACCCAUGCAAUUGAAGAUGAGCUGCGGUCUUUAAGGUGGCAAACAAUUACGCAGCGCAGAGCCAUUUUCCGUGCAAUGGUUUUGAGGCACCAUCCCGACAUCUCAGAGUCCAAGUAUGCGAAUGAUGCCAUCCGUUUUCUCUCGGAUGUCAAGGAUUGGUUCCUGGCUGGUCACUGAUCACAAGGUUGUGAGGAAUUGCAAGCUGAGUGCUUCGUCGAAAACAAUACUGGAGGCGUAUGCAGUGAGCUACGGGUCAUGCAACAGCCAAGUAAAAUGCUGGAAAGACUAGAGUGUGAAUCAACUAAACGCGAGAUGAGAGAAAGAUGA